CUCAUUUUCCUCUAUUUAUAACAACACAUGAUAAAUAAACUACACGACAAGAUACACACAUAAAACACAAGAUGGAGAUUUGCAAAUUUCUCACCGUGAUAUUCGUCGCCGUUGUCGUCCUCUACUCCGUCCAGGCAGCAGAACAAGGAGGAGAUCAUCAUUCGAUGGCUUGCAUGCAAAAACUUAUGCCGUGUCAAAACUAUAUACACGCCGUGAAUCCGGCGCCUCCAGCGUCAUGUUGCGGACCAAUGAAAGAGAUCGUGGAGAAAGACUCUAAGUGUCUAUGCACAGUUUUUAACAACCCGGAAUUGCUCAAAUCACUCAACCUCACCAAAGAAAAUGCCCUUGAUCUUCCCAAGGCCUGUGGAGUUAAUCCUGACGUCUCAAUCUGCACCAAAACCGCUUCAUCUCCGCCUAUUGCGUCGCCCACCAGCGGAGGCUCUUCCGUUCAAGCUGUCAGCAUCAUCGGUCUUGCCUUUGCGUUUGCUUUUGUGGCAAGAAUCUUAUACUGAUUAUGUCAUCACUAUAUUUUAUGUCUGUUUUGUUGUAACUUGUCAUCAUUUUAUAUGUUUGUGCCUAAAUAUUUUGUCUGUUUCAUUUAUUUACAUUUUACAUGGUUGAAUCUU